AUGCCUAACGAAAAUGCGCCAGUAUGCGGCUGCGGGGUGGUGGUGGACCUGCCAAAAUCACGAAAUGGCGGUCUGUCCCCGAGGAAGGUGACGAUCAGGAUAUCGAAAUCGAAGGGCGGCAAGUCGGACGGGCGGUCUGCCAAGAAGCAGCAAGACGACGCCCGCGGGAAGAGCAGAACUUCCGAAACAGGAAGCAGCAGCUCUGUGGCGGAACAAGCCAGACCAGUUAUAAAGAGCAGCAAACACGAGAAACGACUGAAUCACUCUAGGAGGACUCGAAGCGCAGACAGGGCGGAGUCACACUAUACUUAUAUAGAAUCUGGCUCGAGCAUACUGGGUGGCGGAAUUCGCGAGAACGCUAUACCGGAGUCGCUAUACUCCACCAUUCCAGACACGCCGAACGCGAGCGCUAACGAAACCGGAAAUAGUCAAUUAAACGCGCAAAGUAGAUCGCAACCCGUUUACACCAUUCCUUCUAUGGUAUCGCCGCCGCCCACCUACGACGUAGCGAUCUCGAAAACGUGGCAGUCCGGAUUGCCGCCCACCUACGAGGAGUACCUGUGUCACAAGUACGCCAUGAUCUCGCGAUCUCGUACACCGCCCCCGCCGUGGUCCGACUCGACGACAACGACGACAACGGCCGCGGCGCCGAACGUGCAAACGCGCCGCGAAUUUCUCGCGAAUCAACCAGAACUCAGGGAGUAUCUGGCGCAGUUGUCGAUUACUCAGAACAACGAGAGGUCCAUUGGCCAUCACCACCAUCAUCAGGGGGCCGUUCUGCGAGACAACAACUAUCUCUCGAACCAGCAAAUGUCCAGGGAGCAAGUGAGGACGCAGCAACGUGUACGAGCAAUGCCUCCCAGAUCUCAAAGUGAGAGUCGCGUGCAGCAGCAAAGAAUCGCUACGAUGUACGAGGACGGUGCAUUUUGCAUGGAGACGACCGCCCUCCAAUCAGCGUUCGACAACGGGAUAGCCCUGUGCAGCCUGAUGUAAAGCCUUUCGAUACAUGGAUACAAAGCAUUCCGAAGAUUCAGAGAAAUCUCGUUCGAGGCUCUUUUCACGAGCGAACGGAAGAAUUUCAUCGUGGAUGCAACGAAGCCCGUCAAAAGCUCCGACGACAAAUCCCCCCAUCCCGAUCUACUUUCAUAUAAUCGAUCUCACCUCCCCUCGUCACCUCUCUCCUUGCCACUAUUCCUAUCCCAAGGUAGAAUUAGAACGUGAAAGUUUCGAACGAGCA